UUAGCUGAGCAGGAAAUUCAGAAUAUUGCCACCUGUGGAUUUUCAGUGACCAGCAGAAGUUCUUCAUAGAGAUUCCUUGGAAUUAUUAUUAUUUUUUUUUUAUAUUUGAACGCUAUUUCUUCACGUCCAUUGUAUUGUUUUUUUGGUAAUUGUCCGCCACAUCCAAAUUUCCCCUCUCUUUCCCCCCUUCCAAAUACCCUUCCCCUCCUCUCCCCCUCUCUUCCCCUUUCCCUCCCCCUUUUCCCUUCUUCCUGUCUUUCAACACCACUGUUAUUCCUUUACAUCCUUCGUUCAUAUGGAUCAGCAUCCUUUGGUUGAGUAUGAUGGACAUCUGCUAUUUCUUCACCUCUCAUUAUUCACAGACUGACCUGCACUUAUUACAAAAUACUCUUUAGAAACGGUUGCAUUUGGACUAGGUGACUUUGGUUUCUACCUAGGAACUUGGGAAGCUUUUCUAGGCACUAACCAGGUUUGUUAGUGAAGCUUCUGCUAAGAUCUACAGCCCUGCACUGCUGAAGAAAAGAGCAGCAAGCUUUGGUGUGGAUGACAGGACAUCACUGGUUAAAAGUACAAACCAGAGUACAACAGAAAUUGAUGCAAACAUCCUAGCUGUACUGCCCAAAGUUUCAGAGCUAAGGAAGCAAUUUGAAACCUCCAUCAAAAGUGAUCCAGAAAUGAACAGGAAAGAGAGAAUUGCACGAAGGUUGGAGGGGAUUGAGGCUGAUGUUCCACCUGCUCUUACUACAAGCAUGCAACAUACAGCUGGCCUGGUGACCAACCGACUACUGGAGGAGGACACACCACGUUAUACACGUGCUUCAGAUCCCAGCGAUCCAGGCAUUGUGGUGCGACGCUACAGCCGUGAUGAGAUAGAAGCUCCUGAGCGGCAGUCCAGAGGUCGAACACGUCCAGAUCCACAGUUGUCCGCACACCCUGAGCCAGUUGGUCCUACGCCAGCUGGUUCUGAUGCAGCCAGCCUCAGCUCUAAAGCCGAGCGGAUUGCACGCUACAAAGCUGAACGUCGGCGACAAUUAUCAGAACGUUACGGAAUUCUCCUCGACCAGGAGGUGGAUCUGGAUUACACACCACGCUACACACGUGCACGAAGAGAGUCUGACCUGUCGGACAAAGGGGCUCCUCCUGACAGGGGACGUGGUGAGAGCAGGACAAGGGGCGUGGCAUUGCAAGAACAGGAGGAGGGGCGGGACCGAAGCAGCAGCAGGUCUAAAUACAGCAGUUCAGGAAUAGGGCGAGUCUUCAUGCCUUCUGACCCCGCCCCCAAUCCUGCUCCUCCUCCAUCAGGCUUUGAUGCUGAGCGAGAGAGAGAGAGGGCAAUGAACUUGGAAAAUUAUAGACGAGCACCUGAACGAAGUAUGAAAACACGCCCACAGGAAGCACCGGUUCCAAUGGAAACAACAACAGCCCAACCAGCGAGGGGUGUCGCUGUUGUCACUGUGGCAAGUUCUCCUAGGACAGCACGCAGAGCUUCGUUACCCACAACACGACAUGGCAUCUCUCCUGGAGACUUGUUCAUCGAGCAACAAGCUCAAAAUAUCCUCAACAGACAGGGUUUGGCAGCUCUCUCUCAGAGUGAGUGGUCCCUCAGGAGAGACACGGACAGUGAAUCAUACUCUCAAAUCAACUGGCCAUCCAGAAUACGAGUAAGAGAGAGACAGACAAGGGAGGACAUCUCGGUAAGGGGUUCUGAUUCAGGGCAAGAUGCAUCUUCUGUACGACGUCAUCCAACAGUAGCUCCUCCAUAUUUAGCUCCACGACCUCAAUCUGCAAACCAACCACAAACACGGAGCUCUGAACCCCCAAUCCAACCACCUAAUCAGGUGACCCGUCAACAAAGGGCACAUAGUGCAGAACGGCCGCGAUUCCAGCGCACUCACAGUAUGGACUCGCCUGCCUUUCAACAAAUAGUUUCAAGUGAAACUGGAAAUCAUCAGCGUGCCCAAAGUGCCGAGCCCCCAAAAUAUGAACCGAGUCCUGGUAUACACCCUAGCACCAUGGGUCAUCAAUCUGGAUUUGGGCAAACCAAGCAAUCCCUACCAAAGCGAAAUAAUCAAGAUGCUCAAGAACCAUCACAAAUGCACAGACCUUCACAACAACCACAUCUAGCAUACAAAGAUCUCCAGCAGCCAUUACCUGGUACCAGAGAUGCCCCACCACCUGUACAAAAGUAUCGAGCUAUCCUUCAACCAGUGCCUGUGGAUCAGAACACACGCCAACCAGCUCAAGCACAUGCACCUACUCAGAAGCCUCUGCGUGAACAUGAACACACCUUGCAUUCACGUCUGUCACAUGGGCAUUAUGGUCACACCCCUCUGCAGUAUGGUUCAGUCCAGGCACUGCCUCCAGCAUAUGGACAAAUUGUUCACUCAGCUCCUUCCCAUACAUCUAGCCAUAUAUCUUCAUCUUCAUAUGCUCAUACAGCUCACCCUGUGCCUGGACCUUCACUUAGUAAGUCUGGGACACUGGAUCCCAAAGGACGAUUGCCCAAACAAAGUUUGGCACCUGCUGAAAAAGAGGGUGAAGAAACUAGACAAAGGGCCAGUGUUGAUCACAUUCAGCCCAUUCAAAGAGAAGGUCGAUUGGCAUCCAGAGUGGAUCCAGCUUCAGAAGGAUUACUUAAGAGCAGAAAAGCUGUGCUACCCUCAGAGAUUCGCCGCAGGCAAAAGAGUGUGGAUGAUCCCAUGCGUGGACAAACUGAUGAAGGUUUGGAAAGUCAGAGAAUCCGAAGGAUCAGCCAGUCAGAGGAGAUAGAGGAGAGAGUUGGAAGAAAGUUGCACCAGUUUGAAGAAAGGGAGGGGCCUAAUGGAAGAGGAAUCGCUCAGAUGGACAAGGAAACAAUAGCAAGUGAAAAGGUAAUUGGUCUACUAAAAGAGAGAGAACAGCAUGAUGACCGAAGGAGCAGUCAUUCUGAAGAAAGAGAUGUAGAUGGUGGCAAAAAGACUAGUUGGAAAUGUGAAGAUGUGGGACGUGGUGUAAGGAAGAUUGGUCAAAGAGAAGAAAACAAGGAAGAGGCUGGUAUUAAAAAGGAUCUGAGUCAAGAUAAUUGGAGCACUCACCGCUUCGAGGGGAUGGAACAAGGAGGUGACAGGAAAGUUGAUGAAUUAAAAGAAAGAGAAUGGGAAGUUGAUCAAAGACUAGGCCACACUCUACAGUCUGUUGAACCAGUGGUGCAUGGUGAUAAAGAGCAGAAAGACCAAGGGUUCCUCCAAAAAGAAGUGGCAGAAGGACAUGGUAGAAGACGACGGAUUAAUUUGUCAGAGAAUGAAGAAGGGCAUAUCAGACGGAGAAGGAUAAGCCAACCAGAAGAUGAUUUGGAGGAACGUAGGGUACGUAAAAUUGGACCGUUGGAUGCAUGGGAAGUGCAAGGAGUGCAUCGAAUGUGCCAGCCAGAUGAUAAUUCUGAAAGACCUGAGAAAGGAAAGCAGACCAACACACAUCUACCUGAGGAAAUGGACACAGCUACCAAUGAACAGCAUUUUCCACACCAUAGGGUGGGAGACGUUGGAGGCUACUUACAGAAAGGUUCCUCCCUCCCACAAGCUCAACAUCGAUUGAGCCAGGAUGCAGGUGACUUGAGGCCUAAGGUGCGAAUCCGCUCCAUGUCAGAUAUUGGAGUAACUCAACGUUCUGCUGCACUGAGAAGUGUAGAGUGUGCUGCCAGUCGAGAGUCUGCAUUGGUGAUAGAUACAGGGCUUCACACUAGAGAACCAAGUGGUGCGGCCAAUGGUGAAAUGGGCACCUUGGACACAAGAGUUUCUGUGGCUAAGCUGAGACAUUCCUACCUGGAGAAUGCUUCUGGACGCAGACCUGAGCUGGAGUCUAAAGGAGAUCAGGUUCCCAUGGAGAUUGAUCCAGUUGUCAACAGUGACCGGGAGAAAGAAGCACGUCGGCCCAGACGUUACAUUUCCCCUGGAGAUGACAGGAAGUCAUCUGAGAGGUUUAGAACCCAACCAAUCACAUCAGCCGAAAGGCUGGAGUCUGAUAGGUCCCGUCUUAGUCCAGAGCUUCAGCAUGCAGAAUUGGAUGAAGAAAAAAUGGAUGAACGAGCAAAAAUGAGUGUGGCAGCCAAGAGGUCUCUUUUCAGGGAGCUGGAGAAGACUUCAGAUGGAGGUGUCCCCAAACCUCGAUCACGCAAUGCUGCGGUUGAGCGGAGACUCAGACGAGUGCAGGAUCGUUCACGGACACAGCCGGUCACGACAGAGGAAGUUGUCAUUGCCGCUACUUCCCCCGCUCCCUCAUCCCAAGUCAUCACUAUUCAAACCACUGCUCCCAGAAUCCCCAGUCCUGCUGUAGUCAGCACGUCCAUGACUAGUUUCAGUCUGCAGGCAUCAUCAGCACAUGGAUCGAAUCAGGAGAAAGAAGAGGUUUCGAAGGAGUCCGUUCCGGGAGAAGAGGAUUUGGGUCCCGAGGAGCCAGACUUAUCAACACUAAGCCUUACUGAGAAGAUGGCAUUAUUCAGUCGCUUGUCACAACCCUCUGGCCAAUCAGCAAACGGAACCCGUCCUGACACACGCCAGCGGAGAGCCAACACCCGCUUUCAGACUCAACCUAUCACCCAGGAUGAGGUUGAUCAGGAACAUGCAAAAGGUGUAGACCCGUCUGGUCUCACAGAUCAACCCGCUGUGACUAAUGAUUCUGCUGGUCCCCGUCAGAGCGAGCAACUGCAAAAUGGGAACGUGAAGUUGGAGCCUCUCUCUGCAUCACUUGUCCGCUCUGUUACCGCGGUCACCACCCAGGCCUCUGUUGCCACGGUGAUAAGUGCUUCCCCAUCAAUGACCGCAGAUGUUCGCAUGGGGAUCUCUGCAGCUCCACCCACCACUCAGGCCUCACCCAAUCAGGCGGUCUCCGCUCAGCUUCCUCCCUAUGAAAGAGGAGUUCGAUACUUCAGUCUUACAGAGAGUGGGGAAAGACCCACACCUGAUGUUCAGUCCCCGCCCCCCGCAGAGCUGCCCGGCCAAUCGGCUUACAGCAAGGGUGUGGCUGACGAGAGUGGGCAGAGGGGAAGACUAGGGUAUUUAAGCAGAGAGGAGAGAGACAUAGUGCCCCCCAGUGUGACUUCUCCUCCGCACACACAUGCGCUCAGACACACUCCCCCGCAUGGCAGGGGAGAUGCAGAACUGAGUGGCCCACGGGAGAGGGAGAAAGAGGGUACACCCGUCUCGCAGGGAGGCUACCUCUCGCCACACGCCCAUCAGACAGCAAAUGGAAGCGGUACCAGAGCCAUCGUCUCAGAUGUCUCUGAUCCCAGAAAUCCCCUGAAGACAGUGAGCACAUCUGCAGUCAUCUCCAGAAGUUCUUCACACACCUCAAACGCUCUCACUUACCUCCAGCAAACCCAGUCUUACACGCCUCCGCACCCUCAAAUCUACACCCCACCCCACUCUAGACCUCAAACACAACCCUACAGCCCGCUGACACCACCACAGACACCGGCCAAACCACAAACACACCCUACUUCUGACUCUCAGGUUCACAUCCACAUUGACUCUCAGGGCCCUCCAUGGCAAACCCAGCUGUUCCCUGAACCCCAGCGGCAGGUGCAACCCAGAGUCCCGCCGCAGACGCAGCCCAAACCGCAAUCUUUCCUUCUACCUCAGUCACAUGCCUACAUACCCCCUCAACCCAAGAUACCCCCUCAAACCCAACCAAAACCCCAGUGCUUCAUACCCCCUCCAACCCAGCUCCAAGAAGAGACCCUGGGAAAAUACGGCCUGUCUGGACUCGUCGUCUCCAAAGACCAAAAGCCAGAGAUCCACGAAGAUCCAGAGGCCAUGACAUCUAUGUCAAUCAAAGAGAGAUUAGCCAUGUUGAAGAAGAGUGGAGAGGAAGAUUGGAAAAACAGGAUCAACAAGAAACAAGAAGUUAAACAGGAAGUGGUGUCCGUAAGCGAGAAGAGUAGUCAAAUAAUGGAGGAGCAAGGCUUUAAGAAAAAGGACGAGACUGUUAUCAGAGAGUUUGCAUCAUCUGAGCAGCUCUGGGAACCUGUCUUUUCUUCCACCUACUCUCCUCCUCCUCUCCCAUCUACCCCAAAAUGCCAAUAUGUAGAACAACAAGGCCAGAAGCUUGAAGAGGGGGAGGGGCAGAUGUCAAUUGAAGAAAGGAAGCAGAUGAUUUCUACGCGAGAGGAGGCGUGGCAGAGUACAGGGAGGGGCGUGGCCAAUGACUCCAGCCAAUACACUGUAGCUGCCAGGAUGGUGAAAAAAGGUCUGGCUGCUUCCUCUGCAGUGAUCAGCCCUAUUCUGUCUCCGGUCUCUGCUAAACUGAAGAGCAGUGUGCCUGCUAUCUCGAAGCCACAGGAAGAAAUCGAGGCCAGAGCAGAGAUGGAAUCUGAUAAGAAGCUGGAAAAGCUGGAGACGUUUUUAGGGCGUUUGAACAGUAAAGUAUCAGGUUUGCAGGAGACGACUUUGACGGUGACAGAGAAAGCCGUGAAGGAAGUGAUGCGACUGGAUGAUGAGAUCUUUUCAAAAUUUUACCGCCACGUCACAGAUAUUCCCCGCAGCAGGAUGCAUCUGGAUGAGGACUUUGAUGCCAUCUUCGGAAAACAAACUCCAACCUUGACAUCAGCUAUGGUGCAGCACAAGCGGGCCGUUCGUCCCUCCCGUAAUGUCCAGGCCUCCAGGAACCCCUUAAAGAUUCUCGCUGCCAGAGAAGACAUCCGACAGGAGUACAUCGAGGAGAGACUGAACGUCGGUCAGCUAGAAACCAAGAGAAUUAAACAGGAGAAAAUGAGCAAGAGCUCCAGUUUGUCAGAUGCAGCUCUGGCUGGUUUGGCCAGUAAAGAGAGCUACAGCAGUGUGAGUCUGCGCAGUGUCAGCGUCUCGGAGCAGAUGACCAAUAACAGCGCAGCUCCCUUCAAAAAACUCAUGCUCAUGCAGGUCAAAGGUCGACGUCAUGUCCAGACCAGACUAGUGGAGCCUAGAGUGUCCUCUCUGAACAGCGGUGACUGUUUUCUACUGGUCACGCCGGAGCAUUGUUUUGUUUGGAUCGGAGAGUUUGCAAAUGUCAUUGAAAGAGCCAAGGCAUCAGAACUGGCCACUUUCAUCCAGCUGAACCAUGAUCUUGGUUGUCGAGCUGCACUGGUAGAGACGAUCGAAGAAGGAGUGAAUGCACAAAGCCCCGCAGCUGCUGAGUUCUGGAAGAUCCUGGGAGGACCAGCCAACUACCACUCGGCCGGGUCUCCAGACGAGGAUGAGAUGUAUGAAAGUGCCAUUGUGGAGACAAACUGUAUCUUCCGUCUUGUAGAUGAUAAACUGCUUCCUGAUGAUGAUUUCUGGGGAAAAGUGCCUCGUAGUACACUUUUGGGCUCUAAAGAGGUUGUAGUGUUUGACUUCGGUAGUGAAGUGUACGUGUGGCAUGGUAAAGAGGUCACGCUGGCUCAGAGGAAAGUGGCGUUUCAGCUGGCCAAGCACCUUUGGAACGGCACGUUUGAUUAUACCAACUGUGAUAUCAACCCUCUGGACCCUGGAGGACACAACACGCUCAUACCGAGGAAAGGUCAAGGUCGCCCAGACUGGGCCAUAUUUGGCAGACUGACCGAACACAAUGAAACAUGUCUUUUUAAAGAGAAGUUCUUGGACUGGAAAGAUGCUUCUAGACUGUCACCUAAAAAUGUCAUCGAGCACCCCUUCCAGCAGAAGGAGUCUCCGGGUGCAGAUUCUCGUUCUGAGUGUCGGGCGUACAGCGCCUCUCUGAUGCUGCCGGUCCUGCAGUCGCCCAUCAGCACAGUUCUGGAUGGUCAGAAUGUGGGUCGAGGACAUGGUCCAGUUGAGAAGGGUUCGGAUGACUGCAUGCGCUCUCUGGAGAUCAGCACGGUUUCUGUUGAUGUCUGGCACAUCCUAGAGUUCGACUACAGCCGACUGCCCAAGCAGAGCAUCGGCCAGUUUCACGAGGGAGACGCUUAUGUAGUGAAAUGGAAGUACAUGGUGAGCGCAGCAGUGGGCAGCAGGCAGAAGCUGGAUCAGGUGCGCAGUGCGGGUCCCGGCAGAGAGAAGUGCUGCUAUUUCUUCUGGCAGGGCAGAAACUCGACGGUCAGUGAGAAAGGAACGUCUGCACUCAUGACUGUUGAACUGGAUGAAGAGAGAGGAGCACAGAUGCAGGUCCAGCAGGGGAAGGAGCCGCCCUGUUUCCUGCAGUGUUUCAAUGGAGGGAUGAUUGUGCACUCUGGGAAGAGAGAAGAAGAAGAGGAGAACAUUCAGAGUGAAUGGCGUCUGUACUGUGUGCGUGGUGAGGUUCCUGUAGAGGGCCAUCUGCUGGAGGUGGCAUGUCACUGCAGCAGUCUGCGAUCACGCACAUCAAUGGUCCUUCUGAACAUCAACAAAGCCCUCAUCUACCUGUGGCACGGCUGCAAAACUCAAACAGACACACGCCAUGUCGCUCGAACCGCCACAGAGAAGAUCAAAGAACAACGUCCACUGGAGGCGGGACUUCACAGCAGCUGCAAUGUGACCAUUCAUGAAUGUGAGGAAGGUGGCGAGCCAGUGGAAUUCUGGGAAGCGUUAGGCAGGAAGGACCGCAAGGCAUACGACUGCAUGCUUCAAGACCCUGGCAAGUUCAACUUCACGCCGCGUCUGUUCCAGCUCAGUAGUUCUUCGGGUGAGUUUGUGGCGCAGGAGUUCUUCAACCCAUCCAGAGCCACAGAGCUUGUUUGCUCCCUGCCGUUCCUGCAGGAGGAUCUGUACUCUGCCCCUCAGCCAGCUCUGUUCCUUGUGGAUAACUUUCAUGAAGUUUACCUGUGGCAGGGCUGGUGGCCGCAGGAUACUGAGUGUACCGGUUCUGCCCGCAUCCGCUGGGACGCAGACAGGAAGUGCGCUAUGGAAACAGUGUUGCAGUACUGCAGAGAAAAGAACGAGAAGAAGCCUCAGAAGUCAUACUUGAUCCAUGCUGGAUUGGAGCCUCUGACCUUCACAAACAUGUUCCCCAGCUGGGAGCACAGAGAGGACAUUGCUGAAAUCACAGAGAGGGAGGCAGAAGUGUGUAACCAGAUCAUUCUGGUGGAGGAUGUCCUGGCUCAACUGUGUCAGAGCACUUAUCCUCUAGCAACACUGCAAACCCGUCCCCUUCCCCACGGCGUCGACCCGCUGAGGCUCGAGAUGUACCUGACCGACGAGGACUUUGAGCGAGUGUUAGACAUGAAGAGAGAAGAGUUUGACACUCUGCCUGGGUGGAAGCAAGUGAACCUAAAAAAAGCCAAAGGACUCUUUUAGAAGCCUGACUAAAGUCAUCACGGUGACAGAUUUAGCACUGUCCAUUUCCUUAAUGGUUCUGCGCUCACCUCAGCAUUUAGACCUCUCUCGGUGAGGAGAAGUGGUUGUGCACUGAGAACAGUGUAAACGGUCAGGUCAAAGGUCACUUUAGGAUCUACAGAUUCACCUGCUGUGGCAUCUGCUUUUGAUGUGUUUCUGAAGUCUGUGGAGGUGAUGUCUGUGUGACGAUCUGUGGUCUGUAUUUGAGUAUGUUCAUGUAACAUUUAAAACAAGUUCAUGAUAUGAAUCGACUCACCUUCCCAUUUGGUACGAUCUGCAAUGGGUUUUUAUUGUGGUGUGUGUUAAUGUUUGAGAAGUCUGCUGAAUAAUUGGAAAUUGUAUAAACUUUGUAGCAAAAGAUGAAAAUCCUGUGUGAUCGCUCUAAAUGUUGUCAUGUGUCUUAGAAUGUUCCUUUAUGAUUCGAGAGGAGCUGACAUGUUCUUUGUGUGUGGUAUUCUCGUGUGAAUGGCUGUUGUGAUGGUGCCGGUCUCUUUUUCUUCAGGUGUGAGGGACAUCAUGUUGGUUUGUAUUUGGACAGCAUGGAAUAACGGAUGAGAGAAAGAAAAGAUAUUAAUUUAAAUGUACAGUAUAGUGCCUUGCUUCUGUGUACAGUUUCUAUACCAAACACACACUAGUCUGCAUUUCAGAGACUUUCUUUGUGAUAAAAGAAAUAAAUAGUGAAUAAAGCAUAUUAAAAAUCA